GUCUUCAUAGCGGCACCCCGAGUGGAGCUGGGCGAGGAAAAAGGAUCACGUGAUUCCCCACCUUCUCCGUCCCCUUUAUUCUUGCACCCCCAUUAUUAGCCUUGGUACGGCUCAUCUGCCGCGUCGAUAGAGCUAAUGGGACCGAUCCAUUUCGGUAGCGGGGGUGACUGUCUACGUUGGAGUGUGUGACAAAGGCUGUGAAUGGUCUCGACGCGCUUGCCAGACAAGAUGCUGAGCUUCCUGAAGCACCCACUUGUCCUUUCAGUGGAAAUAAACAUCAAUCUGUUGGUUUUAGCCGUCGCUGGACUAAUAAGCCGGCUGUCAUCUCUGUCCUACCCGCAAGCUGUAGUUUUCGAUGAAGUUUACUAUGGACAGUUCCUCUCUCUGUACAUGAAGCAGAUCUUCUUUGUGGACGACAGCGGCCCGCCGUUUGGUCACAUGCUUUUGGCCUUGGGAGGUUACUUAGGUGGAUUUGAUGGAAAUUUUUUAUGGAAUCGAAUUGGCUCUGAAUAUAGUCCCAAUGUGCCCAUUUGGACCCUGCGGCUGCUGCCUGCAAUCGCAGGCUCCAUGUGUGUUCCUCUGGCAUACCAGAUCUUGGUGGAGCUGCGUUUUUCUCACCUUGUUGCACAUGGAGCUGCUCUGCUAAUUCUGUUUGUAUCUCUGUUUCCCCCCCCCACCCCCCACCCCCGUCUUUUCCUGACAGAGAACUCCCUGAUCACACAGUCUAGACUGAUGCUAUUGGAAUCAGUGUUAAUCUUUUUCAUCUUACUGGGUGUUUUGUCCUACUUGAAGUUCUAUAACUUGCAGAGGCAGAGUCCCUUUUCUGCAAGAUGGUGGUUUUGGCUUUGCCUCACUGGAAUAUCCUGUGCUUGUGCAGUAGGGGUGAAAUACAUGGGCCUCUUCACCUAUAUCCUGCUUUUGACCAUGGCAGGAAUACACUCGUGGCAGCUGGUUGGUGAUCGGAGCUUAUCAAAUGUUUCUCUACUGUGUCACUUGCUAGCCAGAGGACUUGCUCUCGUGGUCAUCCCUAUUGCGACAUACCUGUUGUUCUUCUACAUCCACUUGACUUUGCUGUAUCGCUCUGGGCCCCAUGACCAGAUCAUGACUAGCGCAUUCCAAGCAAGCUUAGAGGGUGGGCUGGCUCGGAUCACUCAAGGACAGCCUCUGGAGGUGGCGUAUGGCUCCCAGAUCACCUUGCGGAACGUCUUGGGCAAGCCCAUGCCCUGCUGGCUGCAUUCACACAAGAACACCUAUCCCAUCAGGUAUGAAAAUGGCCGGGGCAGCUCCCACCAGCAGCAGGUGACCUGCUAUCCUUUCAAGGAUGUGAAUAACUGGUGGAUAGUGAAAGAUCCUGGCUCACAGCAGCUGGUGGUCAGUAACCCGCCCCGUCCCGUGCGCCAUGGAAAUAUUGUGCAGCUGGUCCAUGGGAUCACAACUCGCUACCUGAACACGCAUGACGUUGCCGCCCCGCUGAGCCCCCAUGCCCAGGAAGUGUCCUGUUACAUCGACUACAACAUCUCCAUGCCGGCACAGAACCUCUGGAGAGUGGAAAUUGUGAACCGGGACUCAGAUGGGGACAUUUGGAAGACGAUUCUGUCUGAAGUGAGGUUCGUCCAUGUGAACACCUCAGCAGUGGUCAAGCUCAGUGGAGCCUCCUUGCCUGAUUGGGGCUAUCGGCAGCUGGAGAUCGUUGGGGAGAAGAUUUCCAAAGGCUACCACCAGAGCAUGUUGUGGAAUGUAGAGGAGCACAGAUAUGGCAAAAGUCAAGAGCAGAAGGAGAGGGAGGUGGAACUGCACUCGCCCACCCGGAUGAGCAUUGGCCAGAAUCUCAGCUUCAUGGCCAAGUUCACUGAACUGCAGUGGAAGAUCUUAACUCUGAAAAAUGAGGACACCGAGCACAAGUACAGCUCAUCCCCCCUAGACUGGGUCACCCUGGACACCAAUAUCGCUUACUGGUUCCACUCAACCUCAGGGGCUCAGAUCCACCUUCUCGGGAACGUUGUCACCUGGAUGUCAGCCAACACAGCAACUCUUGUGCACGUGGCUUUGUUCUUGUGGUACCUGCUCCGGCGGCGGCGGAAUAUCCAUGACAUCCCUGAAGAUGCCUGGUGGCAGUGGGUGUCGGCAGGAGGGCUCUGCGUAGGGGGCUGGGCCAUGAACUACCUCCCUUUCUUCCUAAUGGAGAAGACGCUUUUUCUGUACCACUACCUCCCGGCUGUCACCUUCCAGAUCCUUCUCCUCCCCAUUGUCCUACAGCACAUGAGUGAUCACCUUUGCAGAAUCUCUGGGUCUCUCUGUCCUUUUAGAUCAGUGCUCUCCAAAAGUAUGCACAGUGCUUUCGUAGUGGCUUGGUUCUCUUCCGUCUACCUCACCUACCUCACGUUCCGACCACUCACCUAUGGCGAGCCUCCGCUUUCCAAAGCUGAGCUCCAGAACCUGCGCUGGAAGGACAGCUGGGACCUCCUGAUCAGGAAACACUAGCAGCGAAGGACAUAAAAUUGCCAGAGAGCAGAGAACAGAAGGGUCCUAACAAGGCUCGAGGACCUCCUGGCUGACACAUUUUGGACCGAGUGCGAGCAUCUGGGUGGCUGAACCCAUUUUCGGGCACAGCUACCUAUUGAGUGUGGAUGCCUGCUUUCAGCAAAGCGUUGCUGCUCAAGAGGCAGAAGAAUCCCCCAGCUGGGGCAGGGAAAAGCUGGGAAAUACAGCUUUGCUGUCCCUGGUACUGAAGACUUAAGGUAUGGUCAGGGCCCCGUAAUGUACAACAGUAACGUUUGGGAAUGUCGCCGCUUCUUGAGGACUAGAGAAAACCACUGUCUGAAUAAACAGAACCUUCACUGGCCUCUUGCCACUCCCCACUGGGCACAGGAAGAACACUUCAAAUCGUAGCAGCCCCGGAAAGAGAUUGUUCUCUCUGCAUUUUUGAAAGUUACUUCCUGUAAGUUACCCUGAGAAAAAGGAAAUGGAUUUCAAGCUUGCCUGGCUAAGGCACAUUGGCAGGUCGGUGUCAGUGGCCUACAGAAAGGGUGUGUUGCGUUUUCUCUCGCCAGUGUGUGGCUCCCUGAAGGAAAAAGUUGUUAUUGGACACUUGAGUUUGCUCAAUGGAAAGAGCACGGCCAGCAUGGUGUAGGGGUUGGGGGCAGUGGACUCUAAUCCAGGACCAGAGCAAGGGAGAACUGCGCCCAGGGCACGUGUGCGCCCUGCCAAACCCCUGCGCCGGUGCGCACCCGGUGCAUUGCACAAACACCCCUUCCUUGGUGUUUUGCCACUGCUCUAAUUUGGAGAACUGGGUUUGAUUCCCCACUCCUCCACAUCAGUGGCAGAUUCCAGUCUGGAAAACUGGGUUUGAUUUCCCACUCUUCCACAUAAGUCAUGGAUUCUAAUCUGGAGAACUGGGUUGGAUUCCCCACUCCUCCGGGUAAGCGGCGGAUUCGAACACCUGGAGAACCAGGUUUGAUUCGCUGAUUUUCCACCUAAGCGGCAGAUUCUAAUCUGGAGAAUCAGGUUUGAUUCUCACUCCUCCGCGUGAGCGGCAGUUUCUAAUCUGGAGAACCAGGUUUG